AUGGCAAAAAAGAAAGCAUGCAUUCCCCUUCUAUGUCUUACAUCUAUAGUCUUUUUGCCCUGGUGCAUCUCUUUUACAUUUCAGAAAAGUCUGGAAUCUUGGAUUACUAAUUGGUGGAAUAUGAAAGAAUCCGAAAUUGUCUUGAAUACUAUUCAAGAAAAAAGUAUUUUAAAGAAAUUGCUAGAGUUCGAGGAACUGUUCCUCUUGGAUGAAAUGCUAAAGGAAUACCCGGAAACACGUUUACAAAACCUUCGUAUCGAAAUCUACAAAGAGACCAUCCAAUUGAUCGAGACGAACAACCUAGAUCGUAUCCAUACGAUUUUCCAUUUCUGUACAAAUAUAAUCUGUUUCCUUAUUCUAAGUGGUUAUUCUAUUCGAGGAUUCCAUUCGACUCAGGGUUGGGAACUAAUGAUUGGGUCUGUCUAUAAAGAUUUUGGAUUUACUCCGAAUGAUCAGAUUCUAUCUUGUCUUGUUUCGAUUUUUCCAGUCAUUUUAGAUACUAUUUUUAAAUAUUCUAUUUUCCGUUAUUUAAAUCGUGUAUCUCCGUCGCUUGUAGUCAUUUAUCAUUCAAUGAAGGAAUGA